CCGUCAUUGUAGAAGCCGGUCGGAGAACUCCGGGAUUUGAACGCAAAAACGAUCCCACAUUCUUUUGCACAGAAUUGCUCGACGAAUGAUUAAACCAAGAACUUUACAGGUAAAUUCGGAAGGUCUACAAAUAGCACCAUGAAUUACAACUAUCUGUCUGUUGGUUGAGAUGUGAGUCAUCUGCCUAACCUACAUGCAAUCUGGAUGAGCUGUCACUCAUCCCCAAUUUAAGAUCCUUUAGUUCGUUUAUAUUAUUGUAUCGUUGUCUUUAUUUAAAUGGGCAUAGCAGUAAGUCGUUUUUGAACAUACAAGUAUAUCAACAUUAAGCGCAAUGUAUAACUCGGAGAUGACGCGUGGAACAAGUUUUGAUGAACUCAACGGAUGCAGAACGGAUGUGAACUCUGACGGGACACGUGAGGAUAAAGCAUUGACUGACUCGCGAAGAACUGGCAAAAAACUUGUCCUUUACAUUGAUCUCAACAAUACAAUCCUUGUGUCUGAUGCAGUCAAAAGACAAGGAACUGUAGCUGCUCUGGAAUACUUCCUUUCCACUGUGACCUGGGGGCGUAUGAAGAAAGGUAAAUGGGAGUGGAUGUCUGAUUCACCAUCUUUACUCCAGCCUUGUACAGGUGCUGUCACAUACUACUCCCAGUUUGGCAAGGUGGCAGGAUUCACGACAGUAGGUCCAGGCCGACGGUUCCGGAAGGUCCUGGAGGAACAUCUGGAGCUGCUUCGAUGGCCACCCGACUUACCUGAGGAUAAGGAGCUGUCUGUUAAAGGAGAAGAUGGGAAACUGUACCACUGGAUCCUACCUUCAUUUUUCCAGAUGCUGCACGAUUUGACUUCAGAGGGUGUGGAGUUCUCCGUCGUCUUCCGUACCUUUGGCUCAGAUCUGCCUCGGGUUUUGUCCACUGUCCGACGUGCUGUUGAGGAUGGGUCACAUCCGCUCUUUCCGGACCUACCGGCUCUGAAGUUGAGGGUGAAUGUAACUGCCGGGCGGAUCAGGUGCAGCAAUAAGGGUGCAGUGCUGAGUCGUGGAGAGGAGCGUGUAGCCACAGGAGAAGGAGAGCGAUGUGUAUACCAGUAUCUGAGUGCUGCCGAGGGUCUAAGUGGCUUUCAGGACCACUUUGACUGGUGGGCACGGAACACAUACUCCAUUUUAGGAGGUAAACCAAUCUGGAUUGACCCUUUUGACUCCAAGGUUCAACAUAUCUUCAUUGAUGACAAUAUCAGGCAGAAUGAUGAGGACACUAUUGUCCGUCCUACGGUGUUUUUGGACCCAGAGGGCUUGCAGACUCGAACAGCUUCAACAUCAGAGCUGUAUGAUCUGUGCCUUGUUCAGAAUGAUCUGAUGAAGGCUAUUGCUGACCCUGGUUAUUUUACCCAACGCAUACUGAUCUGUAUGGAGAAUUACGAGGGGAACAUCCAAAAAGGAUAGCUAGGUUAACCUAAGAUCAUACCAGAAACUAUAAGCUAGAAUAGACAAAUGACCAGACUAAUUUUGGAUCAACACAAUCACAGGCCAACACAACAAAUAUAAUGAAGGAUGUCACAAUCCAAAGAUCUAUGUGAAGGCGUAUUUUUACUACCUUGUUUUAUUUUAGUUUUUGGUUAAAUUAUAAGAUCACGGAGAGUUAAUGGUUUCAGUUCUACAGGUGUGUGAAUAGAGCAAUUUUAAUCUUUAUGAAGCCAGAUCAUAUUUGAACCUUUAUGAAAUGGGUUAUAUAUUGAAGAGCACACGCACAGGUUUUUAGGAGUGUCAUAUAGGCUUAAACAUUGGCAGCUGUUCCAUAGAUUUUUUGUUCUUGGCACAUGAACAGAGGCAUGAAGAUGGUUCUUGCAGAGAUGUAUUGCCGACUUCAGUAUUCUCAGGUUUUGAACAUCAGGGGUAUUUUUAAGAUUUUUCUAUUAUUUUACAAAAAUGUUGAAUACUGACACACUUAAAUAAUUUUUUUUCAUCUUCGUUUUUGCACUUGGAUUGUCUAUUAACGCUAUUUUUGUUAUGGCUUGUUCUAACCCCCUGCUUGAAGAUGUGUAUCUGAAACUAACCAGAACAGAAUUUCAAGCAUGUUUUAUUGAUUGUUUGAGUUAUUUAAAAUGUUCCUUUAUAGUUACACAAGCACUUUUACAUGUAGCCUACAUAUCUCAUAUUCUUCAUUUUAACAUAAGGUCGGAUGUUUAGUAAGAUGACUAUACAUACACUUGUUUCCAUUAUUUACAUCACAUGUUGCCAAUAAAUGAGAAUGUGUCUGCUUCGCAUAAUUCAUCAUUUUACAUUAACUUUAAAGAGAUUUAAAGCACUUUCUAAUUGUAGUAAAUUGUUUAGACAAUUGUUGCCUUUCGACUGUGAACGGUAAUAGGAUUUUCUUUCGCUAUAAAAGUGAUUAUUUUUUCCUGAGAUGGCUGCUCAGCUUCGGCUCUUAUAAUGGGGUUUUGUUUACUUGAAAAUAGGGUAUUUGUGUGCUUUUUUAUUUAUUGUGGAUAUUAAACAUUGUUUUAAAAAGGAGCAC